GAAAAUCCACUCUAAUUAUUCGUUUGACAAUGACAAUGCAUUAUUUUGUAUUUGCGUCAUCUCCAAAUUGAAAUUGAAACUGAAAGUGAAGAAGAAGUUUACCGCCAUUGUCGUCCUCAUUCGCAUUCGACAGCCAUGGAAGCCAACUCUUUCGAUCCUGAUCUGAUUCACGCUAUUUUCAAGCUUGUCUGGAGCAGAAGAGCUCUAGAGCGCGAGAAGAAUGAAGGUGCCGAUGCUUUGGACUGCGAGGUAGGACCUGGAGCAUCGAAGAAGAGUCGGUCGAUUACUGCUAAUGGACAUGCACUGAAACUGAGUUGUGAGUUUCUUCGAAUGUUUAUAGCAGAGGCUGUGCAGCGUGCUGCUGCGAUUGCGGAAGCAGAGGGUGUCAAUAAAAUUGAAGCGACUCAUUUGGAGAGAAUUCUUCCUCAGUUACUUCUGGAUUUCUGAGGCAUGUAAGGAAAUACUAUUAAUAAUUAGGUAUCUGCAUGUUAGCUGAUUAGGAAAACUUCUACUACCUUCAUAGAUGACAGAAACGAGCAGUUUUGUCCAUAUCCCUCAAUAAGAUUUUUCAUUUUUCUCA